AUGAUUAAACCACUUAAUUCUUCCCCAAUUACUCCUCCAUCUCCUUGUGGUUUUUCAAGAAGAAAAACUCUGUCAAAUUCUGAUUUUCUUGACCAUUGUUUUCUCUGCAAACAGAAACUCUUGCCUGACAAAGACAUCUACAUGUACAAAGGGGACAUAGCUUUUUGUAGUGUGGAGUGCAGGUGGAGGCAGAUAUUCAUGGAUGAAGAAGAAACUGUAAAGAAGAAUAGAAGAGACAACUGCUCCUUAGAUGCUAUAAAACUCCGCUUGCCUUCGUCAUCCUCCUCGUCAUCAUCUUCUUCUUCAGCUACUAAUCGAAGCGGCAAAGGGCAUAGAAAUGGAGCAGAUGCCAUUGCAUAUUGA